AUGUCACAUCCAUUUCAGGUGCUGGGGGAGGCUAAUAAGCCCUUCUUGGAGAGCUGCCGUCACGGUGAUUUGGCCCAAAUUAAGAAACACCAGGAGGCCAAGGCUCUAGACCGAGAGCUUCUGACCAUGGGCUUGAGGGAAGCUGCCCAGGGCGAUCACAUCGACACUAUGCGCCAUCUACUCAAUGCUGGCGCCAAACCCCAGUCUCCCAGCGUCGUGGAUGAAGUACACUCGGUCGAGGCAGUCAAGGCCUUGCUAGAACACGGUCUUACUUUUGAGACUCGGCUACACCCCCUUAAUACGGUGCCACUUGUACACCUUGUGAAGAGGGACGAUGUACGGCUCGUUCACUGGUGCCUUGAACAAGGUGCCGACCCCACCUUCGGCUGCCCGAAUGCCCAGUCAUUCAAUGACCUUGAAAAGCCUGAUCAGUCUCCUAAGAAGGGCUCAGGGGCAGUUCUUGGUAUGGCCUCCCGCCGAAGUAGCCCGGAGAUUGUUGACCUCCUUCUCGAUCAUGGUGCCAAUAUCCACAGCAGUAAUGUGUUACAUUAUGCUACAUGUAGGAAGGAUGGACGAGCCUUACCAAUCAUGGACCACCUGCUACGGCGUGGGGCCGACGUGAAUGAAUUUGGCUAUCCUGCAUUCCUACAUUUCGGCGGCACUCCCCUUCAUGCGGCCAGCUACCAAGGAAAUCUUCCGGCCGUGAAGUGGCUCCUGGAGCAUGGUGCAGACCCCGGCGUGGAAGACGCCCAAGGUAGUAAGCCGCUUGAUCUAGCAGCUUUAGAGGAGGAAGACGAAAUAUGUGAUGUUAUAUAUGAAUGGACACGAUUGGACGACACUGGCAAGGCUGACUACCGGCGGUAG